UUUCUUCAUUUUAUUUUAGGCUACCCAAAGGAGUAAUGGCACAGUAUUGGCAACCACAAAUAUUACUGAUAUACCUCCUGACUUGGUAAGCCCAAGUGCAGUUGAAUUGGUACUUGACAUCCGAAGUGAAUAUGCAAAAAAGCUCGAGCAGUCCCAAGAACGGGCCAGAAAGCUUCGAGCAGAGCUUGCUGUUGAGGAACGCCGUGAGCUAGAGCUUAGUAGAAUCCUCAAGGAAGUUCUUCCUCAUCCAAAGAUCUCUAAUUUGCAGAAGCCUCGACCACAACGAAAACAGUCUAGCAUUGAAAGAAGAAAGGUGUCCAAGAAACUAAACGAAGAAGCCAUGGCUUAUUUUGAUGAAUGUGUAUCACUAUCAACUUUUGAUAGUUCUGACUUCUCAUCCCAAGAAGACCCAUCACAGAAUUUUGUUCAAGUUGGUGAUAAUAUGCCUUUACCUCAUUCCAGUUCGAGCAUCUCAACAGCCGGUUGUUCAGGUCCUUGUCUUCAUGAUAAUCAGGAUAGUCGGGUUACAUACAACAGUAAUGCCUUGGAAUUUGAUGCUAGCAGCAGUACUAAGAGGCCAACGCAAGCUGCAGCCAUUCUGGACUGCAAAAAUGUAGAGCAUGGUGGGAAAUAUCGGUUCUCCUUCUCUCGGAAAUCAACUGAAGCCCUUGAGGUUCAGGAAGACAUUAGAAAAUAUGUCAGAAGUUUUGGAAAAGAAAGAGAGCAACUUGAUGAUAAUGCACCGAUUGGAAGAUCAAAACCCAUUGAUUUGGAGAAGUAUGACGAGCAGAGUAAAGUACAGAGCUUGUUGUUUGACUGUGUGGCUUUUAAGAACAGAUUAGAGUCGGGCAGCCUGCUACUUUGUGGUGGAAGAAUUGCGAAUACAUCUUCUCUCUUUGCCUCUAUGAUCUAAGGUUCUUUUGGCUAGCUUUUCAUGUGUGAAUUAUGUAUAUCAUUAGAUUGUCAAAAAGAAACUGUGAACUAAUAGAGGUUCUGCUUUUCUCAUUAUUUCUCCGUCUUCAAGCAAAA